UUUGAAGUUGCCGAUGUUUCUUGGAAAGAGUUCAGACUGUCAGGUUGAUGCAGUGUUCCCUCCCACAACUCUGACAUGUAUAUAAAUUCUGAGCUCUGCAAAGCCCACUGCCAGUUCUCUUCGGGAACUAACUGCAACGGAGAGACUCAAGAUGAUUCCCUUCUUACCCAUGUUUUCUCUACUAUUGCUGCUUAUUGUUAACCCUAUAAACGCCAACAAUCAUUAUGACAAGAUCUUGGCUCAUAGUCGUAUCAGGGGUCGGGACCAAGGCCCAAAUGUCUGUGCCCUUCAACAGAUUUUGGGCACCAAAAAGAAAUACUUCAGCACUUGUAAGAACUGGUAUAAAAAGUCCAUCUGUGGACAGAAAACGACUGUGUUAUAUGAAUGUUGCCCUGGUUAUAUGAGAAUGGAAGGAAUGAAAGGCUGCCCAGCAGUUUUGCCCAUUGACCAUGUUUAUGGCACUCUGGGCAUCGUGGGAGCCACCACAACGCAGCGCUAUUCUGACGCCUCAAAACUGAGGGAGGAGAUCGAGGGAAAGGGAUCCUUCACUUACUUUGCACCGAGUAAUGAGGCUUGGGACAACUUGGAUUCUGAUAUCCGUAGAGGUUUGGAGAGCAACGUGAAUGUUGAAUUACUGAAUGCUUUACAUAGUCACAUGAUUAAUAAGAGAAUGUUGACCAAGGACUUAAAAAAUGGCAUGAUUAUUCCUUCAAUGUACAACAAUUUGGGGCUUUUCAUUAACCAUUAUCCUAAUGGGGUUGUCACUGUUAAUUGCGCUCGAAUCAUCCAUGGGAAUCAGAUUGCAACAAAUGGUGUUGUCCAUGUCAUUGACCGUGUGCUUACACAAAUUGGUACCUCAAUUCAAGACUUCAUUGAAGCAGAAGAUGACCUUUCAUCUUUUAGAGCAGCUGCCAUCACAUCGGACAUAUUGGAGGCCCUUGGAAGAGACGGUCACUUCACACUCUUUGCUCCCACCAAUGAGGCUUUUGAGAAACUCCCACGAGGUGUCCUAGAAAGGAUCAUGGGAGACAAAGUGGCUUCCGAAGCUCUUAUGAAGUACCACAUCUUAAAUACUCUCCAGUGUUCUGAGUCUAUUAUGGGAGGAGCAGUCUUUGAGACGCUGGAAGGAAAUACAAUUGAGAUAGGAUGUGACGGUGACAGUAUAACAGUAAAUGGAAUCAAAAUGGUGAACAAAAAGGAUAUUGUGACAAAUAAUGGUGUGAUCCAUUUGAUUGAUCAGGUCUUAAUUCCUGAUUCUGCCAAACAAGUUAUUGAGCUGGCUGGAAAACAGCAAACCACUUUCACGGAUCUUGUGGCCCAAUUAGGCUUGGCAUCUGCUCUGAGGCCAGAUGGAGAAUACACUUUGCUGGCACCUGUGAAUAAUGCAUUUUCGGAUGAUACUCUCAGCAUGGAUCAGCGCCUCCUUAAAUUAAUUCUGCAGAAUCACAUAUUGAAAGUAAAAGUUGGCCUUAAUGAGCUUUACAAUGGGCAAAUACUGGAAACCAUCGGAGGCAAACAGCUCAGAGUCUUCGUAUAUCGUACAGCUGUCUGCAUUGAAAAUUCAUGCAUGGAGAAAGGGAGUAAGCAAGGGAGAAACGGUGCGAUUCACAUAUUCCGCGAGAUCAUCAAGCCAGCAGAGAAAUCCCUCCAUGAAAAGUUAAAACAAGAUAAGCGCUUUAGCACCUUCCUCAGCCUACUCGAAGCUGCAGACUUGAAAGAGCUCCUGACACAACCUGGAGACUGGACGUUAUUUGUGCCAACCAAUGAUGCUUUUAAGGGAAUGACGAGUGAAGAAAAAGAAAUUCUGAUACGGGACAAAAAUGCUCUUCAAAACAUCAUUCUUUAUCACCUGACACCAGGAGUUUUCAUUGGAAAAGGAUUUGAACCUGGUGUUACUAACAUUUUAAAGACCACACAAGGAAGCAAAAUCUUUCUGAAAGAAGUAAAUGAUACACUUCUGGUGAAUGAAUUGAAAUCAAAAGAAUCUGACAUCAUGACAACAAAUGGUGUAAUUCAUGUUGUAGAUAAACUCCUCUAUCCAGCAGACACACCUGUUGGAAAUGAUCAACUGCUGGAAAUACUUAAUAAAUUAAUCAAAUACAUCCAAAUUAAGUUUGUUCGUGGUAGCACCUUCAAAGAAAUCCCCGUGACUGUCUAUAGACCCACACUAACAAAAGUCAAAAUUGAAGGUGAACCUGAAUUCAGACUGAUUAAAGAAGGUGAAACAAUAACUGAAGUGAUCCAUGGAGAGCCAAUUAUUAAAAAAUACACCAAAAUCAUUGAUGGAGUGCCUGUGGAAAUAACUGAAAAAGAGACACGAGAAGAACGAAUCAUUACAGGUCCUGAAAUAAAAUACACUAGGAUUUCUACUGGAGGUGGAGAAACAGAAGAAACUCUGAAGAAAUUGUUCCAAGAAGAGGUCACCAAGGUCACCAAAUUCAUUGAAGGUGGUGAUGGUCAUUUAUUUGAAGAUGAAGAAAUUAAAAGACUGCUUCAGGGAGCUAUCUAAAACCAUCAGGUCAUUACUGAGUCACAAGUGUCCCCUUGUCUAGAUCCUAAAAGGUAUUGAUAAAAGAAGCUAGUAAAGAUUACACUAUGUAAGACUUUUUUUUUCCAAGGUCUGGCCAAUUAAUACAUAUCUGAACCAUGCUCUUCAACUCAAUAAGUUCUACCUAAAACUGAAUUUUCUAUCUAAACAGUUCAUAUUGUAUACAUUGUGGUACAUGUAGUACAUUUUUUGUACUUUUGGUAAUUUGAGUAUAUUUCUCAAUCAUUUAAGUCAUGACUAUUAACAUGGCUAACUGGUACUUUGAGUACUGAUGUUGUGAUUUGUCACUGAUACACUUCCGAGACCUUAACUGAAAAAAUUUCUCAUUAAAUGCAUAAAAUUUUUGUGCUUACCUUACAAUUAUGCAUUCUGAAACAACUCAAGCAAUUAAAGGAGAAUAACAGACUGUGUCGAAAGGAACAACAACAAAAAGUCAUUUUUGAAGGUUUUCGCAAAUCUGCCAAUAUAAGAGGUUAAGAUUUGUAACCUCUAUAGAGAAUAGUAGAUCGAGUUGUAGGUCUGCAUUCAGUCUGAGCCCCAACUCAAUCCCAAAUUAGUUGACUCUUUUCUUGCUUGUUUCCUUCAUCUGAAAGUGAGGAAUAGUAGUGAUACCUACAGUCUAAAUGAGUUAAUAUAUGACAAGCUCUUAGAACAAUGUUCAGCACAAAGUAAGCUGUCAUCAAAUGUUACUGUCAAUCAUCAAUUGACAUUAACAUGGUCAAUUAAGUAAUGUUUCUCACCCAACUUUAAAUUUCCAUAGUCAUAACCAUGGAAACAUACAAAAAACAAACAUGCAAAUAAAAUGUCAAAAUAAUUGAGCUGAGUACUUUGCAUGCUUUAGGAAAUAAGAUGUAGGGUGGUUCUUUGUGCCAAUAUAUUCAAGUAAUUGGUUUAUCUUCCCAUGUUUUGCUGCUCUAAACAUGAUCUAAUAUAACUCUCAUUCAUGUUGACAUAGCAGAGAGCUGCUAGGAGUAAACCUGUUUUCUACACAUUAAUCAAGCUGUUUUUCAAAGUAUUUGUUUGACACAUUGAACGUUUUAUAUUCUGGAAUAUUAUCACAGCAAAACCUCAUUAAUUGGAUGCUAUCAAAAUUAUGAAAGGAAAUCUGAGUGAGCACACUUGUUUUGAAAAGAAAUUGGUAAAUACUUCUAUGAUGCAGUUUUAAGUUAUACAAUUAACUGCUAUUUGGAAUUUAAUAAGUCCACUAUAAGCAAUGUGCCUGCACACCAAUUAAAGGUUGGAUCUGUCUCUUCUUGACAAUUUUUUAGAAGCCAUUAUUUCGUUACCAAAUAAACCUGAAGUUAAGAAAUAUUUAUAUUUACAUCUAUUUGUAUCUAUUGGAGAAUAUUUCAUAAUUCAGACUUGGUUGUUUUACACAGACUUCUCCCCAUUAUCCAACAUAGUGAGAUUUUUCUAUAGUUCUAUAUUUUACUCUAGUAUUAAUGUGGUUUUAUAAAUGAUUAUAUGCCUUAUAUUAGGGGGGGAAAGAAAUGUGAAAAUGUGCUAAGUAGACAGAAACAGAAUAUAUAAGUUUUUUUGAAUGUUAUUUCUUUUUUAAAAAAUUUGCUUGGUGUCAUAUAGCCAAAACUAUUCAUGGUGACAGUUUCAUUGCUUACUUUUUAUAUGAUUUCAGCGAAUUGAAAACAUGUAUAUAGUAGAAAAAAUUGGACUUCAUGCUGAGUAUAGAUGAUACAUAUAAAAGAAGUCGAAAUUUGGAGAAAAAAUUUAAAAAGAUAAGUAGAAAAAUGAAGUAACUGUAGAAACCAUAUUUACUGUUUGAUCUCAAAUGCCCAGAAACUGAGUGAAAAUGUGAAUUUAGGCCUACCAGCUAGUCUUGUCAAUAAACUAAAAGAAAAACAGGAAAAUUGAGAAAUAUGUUACAACUAUAACAACACAAAACAGCAUAGUUUUGAAACACUUGCAGUUCUUAAAUAUAAAAGCUUUUAUUAGUUAAUUUUUUAAAAGGAUCUCAUAGGAUUGACACUGAAUCAGGUUGGGAGGUGGAAUAAGGGUGAUGGCAUAUUCUUUCCGAAUUACUUAUUAUAACAUUUCUAGAAUCAUUAGGUCAAUGCUACUUUGUUGUCCUCAUGUACAAUAAAGGAAUCACAAAUUGAUCUUAGUGAUAAUUUUACAGAGGCAUACAUUGCACAUAGGUAUGACUGCAAAAAUGGGUGGCUAACUCUGGGAAGAUACUUGUGUUAAACUUUAUACAACAUUUAAUAACCCUUCAUCAUAAGGCAAUGUUUUUUACAAAAAGGUUGAAAAAAUCAUGUAAGUCAUGUACUCUGCAAAAAUGGCACAUUAGGUGGGGCUCCAAAAUCCAUAAUGAAACAAUGUGCUUUGCAACUAAGAAACAUUCAUUAUCAUAUAUGGAAAACACUGUCCGUCUACUUGUCCUUUACAAAAAAAUGUAAAACUCUGAGGAUCAUAAAAUUUAACUACUAAAAAUAA